AUUUUCUUUUGGAGUCAGCUGAUUUCUCGAUUUCUUGCAUGCGGCGCGGAGUGAAAUUUGUUUUUGUUUUUCGCAGAGUUUAUGAAUGGUUCAUAGACUCUGGUUUUUCGUUUGAUUGGUUCGAAAAGCGAUUAAUCCGGUUUAGUUUCGCCGGUUUGUGGUGCAAUUUCAAGCGUUAAAAACCAUGGAAAAAAUCUUGUUGCGUUCGAAAUUUCGGGGCAGCCUUUUGGGCACUCUGGUGGGCGAUUGUUGCGGGGCGCCUUUCGAAGGACAGUUGAUGGACAGUGGUUCAAAAUUGGUUCUCCGGCAAAACUUGGACAAACUCGAGGGGCCAUUUUUCAAAGCUCCUUACAAAAAGUACACAGACGACACUGCAUUGACAAAAUGUGUUCUAAGCACACUCCUGAGCCCAAAUGGUUUCUCGCAGAAACUGUUGGCCAAAAAUUUCGUUCUGGAAUAUUUCAAGGAUCCCAGACGGGGUUACGGAGCCGCAGUGGGAGAUGUGUUCGAUAAGCUUCGUAAAACUAAAAUCGCCGACCCAGUUGGCCCAGCAGCCGCCCAAUUCGGAGGAAGUGGAUCGUUUGGCAAUGGUGCUGCUAUGAGGGUGGCUCCCAUUGCCCUUUACUGUGUAAAUCGAGAUAACACCCAUCUCUUGCAAAUGGUACGAGAUGCUUCCCUAGUGACCCACAGCCAUACCCUCGGUAUUAACGGUGCCAUUCUGCAAGCGUUGGCCAUUACACAAUCCCUCAAACUGAACCCGGAAGAGCAGUUGAAUGCGAAACAGUUUCUUGCCAAACUCAAAACGGACAUCGUCGAAGUGGAGAAAGAGAACGAUCCCGAUUUGGAUGCCAACUACAAUGCCUACCAGAAGCAGCUCGAUGCGGUGGAACAGCUGCUGGACGGGAAAAUUGAGACCAGUGACGAAAAUGUGCUGAACUUACUGGGCCAUAGCGUGGCAGCACUUCACUCGGUUCCCACGGCAAUCUUUUGCUUCCUGAAGUGCACCGACGGGACGGCGAGUCAUCGCUCGUUCCGGGACACCCUGGAGUAUGCCAUUUCCCUCGGAGGCGACGCGGAUACGAUCGCCAGCAUGGCAUGUGCAAUCAGUGGUGCAUUUCUGGGCGCGGAAGCAAUCGCAGAAAAUCUCGUCAAACAUUGCGAAGACGCCGAAAACAUAGCGAGCAUGGCCGAUCAGCUGCUCGAAGCCGUAGUUAAAGGAUAGUUAAGAUUAGGAACGACGCCAUAUCGAAAUAGUCAAACCGAACAAUGUAGAUCAGUGUG